UUGAAUUUCAGCUUACUCUAUUUAUUUGUUUUACUCCAUAUUUCUGGUUCAAGUAAAAUAUUCGUAACAUAAUGAGUGAUUGAAAUAUAUUAUGUGAAAUGUCAAGACGAGAACGGAUAGAAAUAACAUUACAUGGUGGCCGCCCGUGGGGUUUCUCUAUUAAAGGUGGAUGGGAAAGCAAUAAACCACUCGUUAUUUCUAAGUUGGAGAUUGGAGGCAAAGCUGAGGGUGGGGGUUUAUUUGUUGGGGAUGUUGUUCAUAGCAUUAAUAAUGUUUUACUCAAUGGGAUGAGGGAUGAAGCAAUACAACUUGUGAAAGCUUCCCAACAAAACCUUGUGAUGGAGAUUGAAAGGUACGGGCAUUACAUAUAGUAGGGUGAGGGAAGA